AUGGAUGGAAAUCAACUUGUAGUAACUUGUUCGAUUUCACAGAAUAAAAAUUCUUUCAUACCUACCUACGCUCUUAUUGAUACCGGAGCAUCAGGAUAUGCUUUCAUUGAUGAAUCUUUUGCACGCCACAAUAGUCUUACAACGACUCCCCUUAAAAUACCUCGCCAUGUAGACGUUAUAGAUGGAAGGCCUAUCAAAUCAGGAAAAAUUACCCAUAUUGUCGAUGUCUCGCUAGACAUUCAUGUUCAUCGAGAAGUCGUACCAUGUUUUGUAACGAAGUUAGGACACUAUCCGAUUGUGAUGGGGAUACCUUGGAUGCGACGACAUGAUGUUACGAUUCGACCGAAAGAAAAUCUACUUGUUUUUGACUCUCGAAGCUGUUGUCAACACUGUUCAAUCACCGGUACUGCAGUUAUUGUUCAUGGCAUCUCGAUUCCCUUACCGGAACACCAUACGUUUAUCGUUUCAGCAACUGAAAAAUCUACUGUCGAUAUUGAACAAUUGGUACCGAAGGAAUUUCACCAUCGUCUCCAUAUGUUUAAAGAAUACGAUGCUUCAAUUCUCCCACCACAUCGACCAUCCCACGACAUCGAGAUAAUACUGGAAGAAGGUAAACGACCACCAUAUGGACCUAUAUAUGGAUUGUCUCAAAUUGAGUUGAAAGGACUACGGGAAUAUCUUGAUGAAAAUUUACCUAAAGGAUUCAUUCGAGCCAGUGAAUCACCAGCGGGAGCACCUAUAUUGUUCGUAAAGAAAAACGAUGGAACUCUUCGACUUUGUGUUGACUAUCGAGGCCUAAAUGCGAUUACAAUCAAAAAUCGAUAUCCGUUACCAUUGUUAAAGGAAACCCUAGCUAAGUUGUCAAGAGCAAAAUACUAUACAAAGUUGGAUUUACGUUGGGGAUAUAAUCAAAUCAGGAUAGCGGAGGGGGACGAAUGGAAAACAGCAUUCCGGACUCGAUAUGGACAUUUCGAAUAUACAGUAAUGCCGUUUGGAUUAGCUAAUGCUCCUGCCACAUUUCAGCAUUGGAUUAAUGAUAUUCUACAUCCCUACCUCGAUCAAUUCGUAACGGCAUACUUAGACGAUAUCCUUAUCUAUUCCGAGACCCUAUCAGAACAUAAAGAACAUAUUCAAAAGGUUCUAAAGGUACUUGAUGAGAAUCAUGUUCACCUUAAACCUGAAAAAUGUGAAUUUAUGAUUCAAGAAACAAAAUACCUUGGCCUAAUCCUUACUCCGAAUGGGAAUAGAAUGGACCCAAAAAAAGUCGUCGAUGUUUUAGAAUGGACCACACCGACAAAGCUUCAUGAUGUUCAAGUAUUUCUAGGAUUUGCAAAUUUCUAUCGACGAUUUAUUCUAGGAUAUUCGAAAAUUGUUGCUCCGCUUACAGCUUUGAUAAAGAAAAACGUUAAAUUUGAAUGGACGGAUGAAAGGGAGGAAGCUGUGAGGGAUGCGUACCAGACCACAAGAGUACACUACGCAGAGCUCAGAGUUCGGCUAACAGCUACAAAGGUAGAAGUCUCCAAGGUCUCUUCAGUCAACGUCGAGUAUGAUUCUCCUUGA